UAAUUUUGACAGAUACCAUGACCCGCCAGUUACUAUCUCAGAAAAGGCUAUUCUGUUCUUUACUUCAUCAUGGCGUGGCUUAAUUACGAUUAUAGUGCCACUAAUAUUGAUACCGAUAUUGAUACCGUUUCCACCAGAGAAAUAUCAAUGGUGUGCAUACACCCUGAUGUUGAUGGCUAUAUUUUGGGUAACGGAAUGUAUCCCACUACCGGUGACAUCAUUUUUGCCGAUUCUUAUCUUUCCUAUGUCUGGCGUCAUGGAUACUGCUAAAACGUGCCGCUGCUAUAUGAAUGACACUAUUAUAAUGUUUCUUGGGAGCAUGAUGCUGGCUGCUGCUGUCGAGCAAUCUGGACUUCAUAAACGAUUGGCACUUUGGACCAUAAGAGCUAUUGGCUUAUCGCAUUACAAAUUGUUAUUUGCAAUUUCAUUCAUUACUAUGUUCGUCUCGAUGUGGAUAACCAACACAGCUGCUACAACGAUGAUGGUCCCAAUCAAUAGUGCCUUAUUAAAAGUUUUUGAAGACCAAAACUCUUUAAAAAUGUAUGAACCCAAUAAGAACGGUGAUAUGGUUGCGACAGAUUUUUCAUCAUGCUAUUUUUGCGCUAUCACAUUUUCUGCGACUAUAGGUGGUAUUGGAACUUUAGUAGGAACAGCUACUAAUCUAGUGUUUAAAGGACUGUUUUCAAGAGCAUUUCCACUGGCCCCAGAAUAUUUAUCUUUCCCAAAGUUUUCUGCGUUUUCUGUACCAUAUAUGUUACUUAUGGAGUUAGCUAUGUAUUUUUAUUUGAUUAUCGUGUACUUCGGAUUUUUAAGACCCAAUAGCCAAGCUGCUAAAGAUUCUGUGAUCACCCCAGAAAGUAUCGAAGCAGCAAAAAAGACCGUUGAUAAAGAUUGGGUAAAUUUGGGAAAAGUAACAUUUUGGGAAUAUAUGGUAAUCAUAUUAUUUGGUGGAGCAAUGGUAUUAUUCUUUGCAAGAUCCCCUCAAAUUUUUCAAGGUUGGGGCGAUAAAACCAUCAGUUAUUUCGGGAUUAAAAAUAACAAAUUCAUUGGAGAUUCUGUUCCCGCUAUGCUAGUUUGCACUUUGAUGCUUCUUCUCCCAUCAAAUUUAAAUAUUUUUAAGAACUUUAGGGCAAAAUCUUACGGGGAUUUAACAAAGGCACCUAUAUCGUCUGUAUUAAACUGGAAAAUAGUAAAUGAUACAUUGCCAUACAGUUUUAUGUUUCUUUUAGGAGGUGGAUUUGCUCUCUCUGAAGCAGCAAAAGAAGAGUAUUCAGACCUCAACGGACGAAUCGGAGAUGUCUUGCAAAACUUAAAGACACUACCAAAUUCAUUCAUAAUUUUUCUUAUCAUUACUUUUACUAUUUUCAUUACCAAUUUUGCUUCAAACGUUGUUGUCUGCAAUGUUUUGGCUCCAAUAGCUAUGCAGUUGGCCAAGCAAGUAAAGGUUAAUCCGCUCUGGUAUAACAUAGCAGCUGGAUUUUCUGCAUCUUAUUGCUUUUGUUUACCUGUUGGAACUCCGGGUAAUCUGAUAGUUCAAGGUGCUGCAGAUAUCCCUACUUCUAAAAUGAUGAAAGCAGGCAUAGGACCAACGAUUUCAACUUUAAUCCUCACUUGGUUUGCUAUUUACUUCUGGGCUCCAGUUAUAUGGCCAGAUUUACAUGAAUAUCCUUCAUGGAUAGGUUCCUAGUGCGAAAUAAAUAAAAAAAACAAUUUGUAA